AGAAAUACUCCAUAAGUAAAUAUAAUUAUUCAGACAGUAAUAGUCAAAUUACCAUCAGUUCAACACUUCCCUAUUCUACACUGACCAGGAACUGAAAGAAAUACAAUGGAAAGUAAGAUAUACAUCAAUGAACUUUGAUACGACGAAAAUUAUUUCUCAUCGGAUUUCAACUACUGUUGUUAGAGAAUACGGAAUAAUUACUCAUUUUGCUGUUGUUAGAGAAAACGGAAUAAUUACUCAUUUUGCUGUUGUUAGAGAAUACGGAAUAAUUACUCAUUUUGCUGUUGUUAGAGAAAACGGAAUAAUUACUCAUUUUGCUGGAGCUUCACAGUUCAAACCCGUUUGAGUGAGAAACUCCCCUGAACAUCAUACAAUGUUGACAAAAACGCAACAAUACUUUAGCAUUGCACUAUUAUGACUAGUGUUCAGUUUUUCACAUGACCAAAGCCAACAGAUAUAUAUUUACAAAACACUUGAUCAAAAUGAAUGUUUUGGUUCUGCUAACGUGUAUUAUUGGAAUAAACUAUUGGGUAAAUGCUGACGAUAACAUUGAUGGGAACAAGUUGGCACAGGAACUCAGAAAGAUUAAGGAAGAUAUUGGCGUCAAUCAUAUGCAGGAACAGUUCAAUAAUUUCCCCUAUGAGAUUAAGUCGGAUACAGGGAACCAGUUAUUAGAAAGGAUUCAAUUAAGUUUAGACACGUCACUAAAUGAUUUGAAUCGAGUCAUUAACGAUGUGUAUACCAAAAUUGUAACUGUGCAUUCAAGUAACCCAGAUUCUACGUCAACAAGUUUUGAUCGAUGCUGCGAUUUACAGGAUAGUGCCUUGACCUACUUACCAGAGUUCCAAUCAAAAGUUGAUCUGACCAAAGCAUGUGUUACGACAUCCCCUAUAGCUGUAAACAAUUUAAAAUACCCGACAGAACAAAUCGGUGAAACAAUGAAAACCAACUACGAGUACAACAAGAACGUUUUAUGGCAGCAUUACAGCACAACAGAGGGCGUGUCUGUCAUCUACCCCGCCACAAAGUGGCACAACUGUCAGAACUUUGAUCCUAGAUUUAAAUCUUCAUACGCAGCCGCUGCUUCGCCUACAGAUAAAGAUGUGGUUAUAGUGAUUGAUACAAGUUCCUCUAUGAGACAACCAUCUGGAGUAAUAGACAAAACCAAGAUUGUAAUAGCAAAAGAAGCAGCUAACAAUGUCUUACAAACACUCAAACCAAAUGAUAGGGUAGGGAUUGUUCGAUUUGAUAAAAAUUCAUAUACCCCGACAGGAGAUAACUAUCAUUCCUGUUAUGAAAACCAACUUGCAUUUGCAACAAAAGAAAAUACGGACAAACUAAAGCAGUAUGUGUUUUCAAUAGUGUCAGGUGAUUUUGAAUCUAACUUUGGAAAUGCUCUAGUAUCUGCAUUCGAAUACUUUAACUCCACGGAUGAAGUUGUUCAAGUUGAAAAUAGAGAACAAAUCAUUCUUUUCAUCAGUGAUGGAAUGUCCUCGUCUGGGAAAAACCCAAUUCAAGUAAUCAGCGACGAGAAUUUGAAAUAUAGCAACAGAAUUGCAAUAUUUACUUAUCUGAUUGGACAAGAGGAAAAUGCAAAGGCACAGUUACAAAGUAUGGCAAACCAGGAUCUAUACAAUCCAUCUGCUGGACCGAAACAAAUUGGACAUUUUGAAUAUUUUGACCAAACUAACCAGCAAUAUCUUUCAACUAGAUUGGCUACGUUUUAUGAACAUUUGUCUACAGGAAGUCAAUUAGGUGAAUCCACAUUCACUGUACCUUAUGUAGAUCCUUUCUCAGGAGUGGGAUUGAUCACAUCAUUAUGUCGCCGUGUUCAUGUGUCGACUGGUUUUCAUGGAGUUAUGUGCACAGACGUGAAAAUAAGUAAACUAUUAACCGAAAUAGAGUACUUCUCCGAGGACGAGUUUACCUACGCUUUUCUGAUAGAUGGAACCGGAAGAGCACUUAUGCAUCCUCUGUUACCAAAUGCAGCUUUUGUCAAAUCUACAGAAGAUCCUGUGUUAUUAGAUAUAAGCGUUCUAGAAAGAGAACAAAAUGCAAAAUCAGUUAUUGAAUCAAUGAAAAGAGGAGGAACUGGUUCCAAAUCUUUUGCUAAAUUUUUCACGAAACCACGUGGUACACUGGUAAAUGAUGGUAGUAGUGAUAUCAGUCGACAGGCUCAUUUCUUUUGGGGACCAAUUCCAAACAGCAACUUUUCCGUGUGUGUUGUCCUUGUGAACGAAUCUUAUGCCGAAAUGACAGAAUCUCAGUUCCCACUUAAUGACGCAGAUUUUGACAACGUUUUUAUGAACCACGAUCGGAGUUUGCUCACUGAUUCAUUUUCUAAUUGUAAAUUCUACAAGAGAAGGGUAACACUUGAUCGAAGUUGUGUCAAAUUUUCACAAGCUGCAUUUGAAAACCCGUUUCAAUAUUUGGACCGUGACGAAACUGCGAGGGAUAUUAGUAAAUACAAGGAUUUUCUAACGAAAACGAGCGUUACUAAUCCCGGAUUUCACUCAACACUACGGGCAUCGGUUUGGGCAUCAUACAAAGCUGAACAAUUUUGGAAGAAUCAUCCGGCGACGUACGUGGCCUGGCGAUACAUAGCAACAAAAGCAGGACUUAUCAGGGUAUACCCCGGAGUUUUGUUACUAAAAUCAUAUGACCAUGAGAAACGCGCUUGGUGGCGACAGACAAUGGCACAUCCAGGCACCAUGUUUCUAACAACGCCAUAUGUUGAUGCCUGGGGAUCUGGAAUAGUUCUUUCCUUUGUACAUACUAUACAUAAAAAAGGAUCUAAUAUUGUUACUGCUGCAGCUGGUGCAGAUUUCCCAUUGGAGUACUUCAAUUGGUUCAUUACAAGUGUCUAUCCAUCAUGUGCUGAUAACAGUGGGUACAGAUGUAUUAUCGUUGAUGACAGCGGAUUUGUAGUUAUGCAUCCACGACUGAAGGAGACUACUGAAGAAUCUGCAUUUGAGGCACCAAAACAUAUAACUGUAGAGGAACCCGGUAUUGCAAAUAUACUGAAAAGAGAAGGCGUGUUAAACUCAAAAGACUGCCAAGAUUAUUCGACGAAUAAAGAUCUUUGGUCCUAUAGAGUGACUGUACCAUCCGGGAAAUCUAGUGGACUAAAUUUCGCAGACACAGAUAAUACAUUUGAAAUACGACCUAUAACUGAUACCAAUCUGUUCAUUAUUAGAAGCCGGUCAACUCCAGCUACUUCAACGUGUACCUGCGACGGGUCGAAGUCACCAGAUAUUGUAGAAUGUAAGACCAACUGUAAUUGUCUAUGUCAUCGACAAAUCAUCUACGAUGUGUGUGCCAACAAGUAUAAUACAGAGUCUGCUACUUUACCAUGCAGUGCAAGACUCCCUGAUACAUCAGGAGUAAGUGAACCUGACGUGACAGAUGGACUGAAAGCAUGCAAUGUUCCAACUUGUCAUCUCCAAUCAACAAAACAAAAUUGCUUUAGCCAGUCAGAAUGUAGCUGGUGUGAGUACACGGACACAGGUCAACAGAUAGCAACACCAUGCUGUAGACUAAAGGAGGAAUGUACAUUCGGUAAAACAAAGUCUACAAACAGAGAUACGUGUGCACCGGUGACCACAACAUCAACAACAACUAAACCCCCACCAAUCACAGAAUCUAGUAAAAUGGCAGCAAUAGUUGGUGGAUCUAUAGCUGCGGGAGUAUUACUAGUUCUCCUUGUAUAUGGAAUCAGAAGAUAUUGUCUAUAUUAUCAGAAAACACAUGACAAUGUCGACCCAUAUUUAAACGCUAUUCCUGAUAAUCCGAAUGAGCUUCAUCAGUUUUCAGAGAAGGAUGAAUUCAGCGGUAAAGAUCGGUAUCCUCCACCAUAUCAGUCCGGACAUAAUCCUAACUUUUAUGUCGAUAAUACAGGAUUCACCGGUGAAAAUGCUAUCUGAACAAAAACCAAACAGAUAUAUUAUAAUGCAAAUUAUCGAAACUAUUAAUAAAGAUAUAUGAUCACUCGAUAAAUCCAUGUUAGUUGUAUACUCAUAACAAAUAUAUUAUAUUCAUCAUUUCAUACAAAGUUAUGUAAUUUUACUAAAGUAAUGUUUAUAUCAGAUAUAUAAUGUAUAUUCUCAUUAUUUGAACAUGUAUACACAUUACUGUAGAUAGUACUCUUUAUUUCAGUAUUAGUUAUUCAUUUUCAAGUUCACUUUUUUUAAAUUGCACUUGCCUGAUUACAGGGGUAAGUGUUUUUUCAUUUCCAAAUUUAAACACAUGUAAUAUUAAGGCACAUUGAGUGGUCAGAAGGAGUGUAUUUGCAAAUUAUCAAUGUCUUUUCCAUUUCGUCAAUUUUGUAAAAUUAAAUUUGAAUAUCAUUUCAAUUUAAUUCAAUUCACAAAUGUAUUGUCAGAUCAACUCUUUUGACAAUAAGUUUAUGACAAAGUAUAUGAAUGCAAAAGUCAAACACAAAACAUAUUGUUAUGCGUUUACUUUUCUACAUUGGCUAGAGGUAUGAGGGAGGGUUGACAUCUCAUAAACAUGUUAAACCCCGCCGCAAUUUUGCGCCUGUCCCAAGUCAGGAGCCUCUGGCCUUUGUUAGUCUUGUAUGAUUUUUAAUUUUAGUUUCUUGUGUAUAAUUCGGAGUUUAGUAUGACGUCCAUUAUCACUGUACUAGUUUACAUAUUUUUUAGGGGCCAGCUUAAGGACACCUACGGGUGCGAGAAUUCUCGCUACAUUGAAGACCCAUUGGUGGCUUUCGUCUGUUGUCUGCUCUUUGUUCGGUUUGUUGUCGCUUUGACACAUUCACCAUUUCCUUUCUAAAUUUUAUUCACAAACAAAACCAUAGUUAAACAUAUCCCAUAAAACAGAUAAAAGUAAAAAGCGUAACAAUCUAUUUAUAUAUACAUUCUUUUGUUUCUGAUUAGUAAACGUGUAUGCAUGUGUACAGAUAUGGAAUAAAUCUGGCACAUAAUAAAAAUAUAAAUAGUAUUAAUCUCGUAAGAAAAAUGAUAACAUGAUAAAACCUCUAAGUGUUUUUUAUGACAUUGAUCCAUAAUUUAUAUGAAACAUAUGACAUGCCGAAACUUAAAUGUUUGCUAAGGAUAUAGGACAAACUUUAACGAUAUUUCAACAAUAAACCAUCAUCACAAUAAAACGGGAACGGCAUUGUAUUAAUGUUUCCAUAAUCCAUUUUAUAAAUAUGUACUAAUUAUGUGUUUUUUUUCUUUCUUUUUUUUACGCUCAUUUUAUGACUUAUCUAUCAAUAAGGAUAGUAUUAAUCUUCAGAGCUUUCAUCCAGAAUGUGUGUGUCAAAAGUGAUCUCAAAUUUUCUUUUAAAAGUUAUAACUUGUGAAAGAACAUUAUUUAUACCUGUUCCCAUCUAUGGCAUGUAUUUUAUAACGAUCUACAUAUCUAACUGAGACGUUUCCUUUGUAUUAUGUUAAUCUUUAGUGCGAAAAUAAAGGGACAACAAACGUCCCCUGUCUUCUUAUUUUCCAUUCAUACAUUAAAUGGCUACUACAUAACAUUUGUCAACGUAAAGUGUUGUUAUUUCUCCUUAUGACCGUUUCAAUUCUAUACAGUAUAAAAAGAAGAUGGGUUAUGAUUGCCAAUGAGACAAAUGUCCACAACAGACCAAAAUGACACAGACAUUAAUUACUAUAGGUCACCGUACGGCAUUCAACAAUGAGCAAAUCCCAUACCGCAUAGUCAGCUAUAAACGGUCCCGAUAAGACAAUGUAAAACAAUUCAUACGAGAAAACUAAGGGCCUUAUUUAUAUAAAAAAUGAAAGGAAAAACAAAUAUAUAACACAUAAGCAAACGACAACCACUGAAUUACAGGCUCCUGACUUGGGACAGGCACAUACAUAAAUAAUGUGGCGGGGUUAAACAUGUUAGCAGGACCCAAACCCUCCCCCUAACCUAGGACAGUGGUAUAAAUGUACAACAUAAUAACGAAAUAUAAAAAUCAGUAGUUCUCUUUGUAUUUGUACGAGAUGUUCAGCUAUCUUCACCAUGUUUUGGUACUUUGUGGUUGUCUUGGUUUGUGUGUAUGCUAUAUAUUUUCAACGAGUUGGAUUUAAUAAAUGGUCAGUGUGUAGUUGCUUUCCUCUUGUUUUGUCUUUAAAUUUUGUCAGUUUCCGAAUUUGCCUUGUAGUUCUGUAUAUUUGUUUAUUCUUUUGUACUGUUUAAUUCUGUUUACGUAAUUUUUGCUAUACUUUUUUUCUAAUUAGCAAUGUCUUAUUAAAACAAGACUUUACUGCUUCUUUCUAUUUAUAUUGUAUAAGUCUUUAGAGGUGUUUUUGUUUUUACUUGGAGUUGUUGUCAUAUUUACAUAACAUUCUUUCUAUUUAUUAUUAGGUGUGGUAUUUCAAUAAUAACCUUUUUUUUCAAAAUUUUAAAAUGUCUUCUGUACAUGCGUUAGUCUUUUUAGCUUUUGAUUCUGAAAGUUUUUACUGACUUUCCCAUUUUGCAUUACUGUGGAGUUCGAUAUUUUUGUUUUAUUUUUGUAUUGUUCAUUUUAUUUUUUAAUUCUAUUUUAUAUGAAUUAUUUAUGCUACCAAUGUUUAUUUAAAACAAUAUUCAACUUCUUCUAUCUGUAAUUAUUAUAUGUGUAUCAUAGUGUAUUUAUCUUAUACAUGCUGUUGUUUCAUUCAUAUACCAAUCGUUCUUUUUAUACUAUUUUUCACACAACUGAUAACAUAUGUUAUGAAAGUAUUGAGAACGGUAAAUCAAACUUAUAAUGUACAUGUAACUAAGGUCUUUAGUAUUUUAAAAUGCGAAAAUCAUCAGUUUUCCGAAUACCGUAGCAAACAUGAAGCAUUAAAACUAUAGAUAAAUCUUACUAAUCUAUCUAAUCACAAAAAGACAAAUUCUUCAUUUGGGAUAUGCACAUGCAAUAAGAUUCCAGUAUAACAUCUUAAAAGGGAGACAAUCAAACUAACUAAUAGAUUGUACUUCCCUUUACUAAUUUUAUUGCGGGUAGAUGUAUCCUGUUGAGUCCAUUCAUACUUCUGCCUUUCAAGUUUGUUUUUUUAUUAUUUUUUUAUAACUUUUUUAAAAGGAAAGUAAUAAUUUUUCCUUUGAAUGUAAGUCAUCAAUUAUCAAUUUAUACUUAUAAUACCUGCUCAAUUUAAACUUUCUCUUUUUACGUAUAUGUGUAUAUGUAAUGAUGUGUGAAUUACAAAAGUUUUAUGAUUUAUCUUAUUUUGUCAGGUUUGGACGCAUUAGCGAUUGACAUUUGAAAUGUAUGUCCUGUUUUAUAUAUGUAAUCAGCAUAAAUUGUUAGAAAUUGCUUUAAAUUGUUUCUUUUCAUAAAAAUCUUAGAAACUA